AUGAUCGACGGCAAUGUGGUGGCAUACAAUGCGGCUGUUUUCAUCAGCACGCUGUUCCUUCUUGAGGCCGGAGCGGACAAGUUCGUCGACCAUACGGCCGUCGUGGCCCGCCGCACCGGGAUCCCGGACACGCUAAUUGCUCUACUUACGGCCGGCGCCGAGUGGGAGGAGCUCGCCGUAGUUGUCAGCGCUUUGGCACAAGGCCGCGCUCCCUUGGCGUUGGGCAACAUCGUUGGCUCCGCUAUUUCCAACAUUCUCGGGGCUUUCUCUCUUGGACUCCUCUUCCGCAGGAAUGGAGAGAACAUGCAAUUCGAUCGCAGCGCGCGCAUCUAUUCUCUGCUGCUUCUCGGCGUGACCACCGUCAUCAUCCCAGUAACCUACUUCCCCCGCCAAGGUCUGUGGCAGAUUGGCGGCAUCGUGCUCAUCGCCGCCUUCGUCGUGUACAUCGGUUCUGUGGGGUGGGCCAUCAGCCGCGGGGCUCUAGCUGCACCUGAAGGAUCGGACUCAGACAGUGACAGUGACAGCUCGAGCGACGAUGAAAACGAUGCCGAACCUGCCGCCAGCCGCCGUCCGAGACCUAACGGCGAACAACAACCCCUCCUCCGUCCCUCCGAGAACUUUGCUCGACGUCGACGCGGCCUGUGGUAUCACAUCGGUUACCUCGUCGCCGGCUUCGUCGCAAUCUGCUUAUCGGGCUACGUCCUCUCUCACGCAGCCACCAACGUCGCCGACGCCCUCGGUGCGUCCGAGGUCCUCUUCGGCAUCGUCGUCCUCGCCAUCGGGACGACGUUGCCGGAGAAGUUCGUCGCUGUUCUCAGCGGCAACCGUGGUCACGGCGGUAUUCUCGUCGCUAACACCGUUGGCAGCAACAUCUUCCUGUUGACCCUGUGUCUGGGUAUCGUCAUGAUUGGCACCGACGGUGAGCUUGGCGGCGCUGGCGGCGUGGAGCUCGUAGAGCUGGCUGUGCUUUGGCUGUCUACUGUGUUGUUCACCGCAGUGGUAUGGGGUGGCGGUCGGUUCGAUGGCGCCGUGGGCGGUGUGAUGCUGGUAGGCUAUCUUGCUUUCAUCGUGGCUGAGUUUACCGUUCUUAGAGGGUCAGUUGAUCUUUGA